UUUCCUAGGAUGUUCAUGGCUGUAGCAUUGUUGAGGAUCACAUGUAGCCAGAAGGUACGGAGCUAGCCUUGGAAGUAGUAGCUCCUGGAACAGCUAUUGCCUCGGCAAAAGAAGAACUGAGAAAACAAGUGAACGUGUUGGCAGGUUUCAUGUGGUUACUUUGCGGGGUGUGGCUGGAUCAGGAGUCUGGUAGUGGAAGGAGGAUAUCCUUUGGAGGGUAUUUCCUAAUGGCGUGCAAGAUUGUUGCUGAUAUUGUGACUCUUUCAAGAAGUGAAAAUUGGGCCACUAUACGGAUAGAAAAAGGUGUCAAAAAGGCACAGCCACAGAUGCUCAAAACUCCUGUUGCUAAUGGUAUCAUAGAAAGAGAUGAAACCACUAUGGAGAAAGAAAUUGCAGGUCUGCAUCGAGUGGACUUCGAAUUCUCCGACAUAUUCUAUUUCUGCAGAAAAGGGUUUGAGGCCAUUGUGGAAGAUGAAGUCACCCAAAGGUUUUCUUCUGAAGAGCUGGUCUCCUGGAAUCUCCUCACAAGGACUAAUGUCAACUUCCACUACAUCAGCCUGCGGCUGACUGUCGUGUGGGUCAUUGGGGUUGUGGUGCGGUACUGCUUCCUGCUGCCCCUGCGCUUUACCCUUGCUGCCAUUGGGAUUACCUCAAUGAUUGUAGGGACAACAGUGAUAGGGCAGCUGCCAAACAGCAGUGUGAAAAGCUAUCUGAGCGAACUGGUGCACCUCACAUGCUCCCGGAUCCUUGUCAGAGCUCUCUCUGGUACUAUCCAUUACCAUAACAAGGAAAACAAACCUCAGAAAGGAGGCAUUUGUGUGGCCAACCACACAUCACCGAUAGAUGCGAUCAUUUUGACAAAUGAUGGAUGCUAUGCAAUGGUUGGCCAGGUUCAUGGUGGGCUAAUGGGAGUUAUUCAGAGAGCCACCGUAAAGGCCUGUCCUCAUGUCUGGUUUGAACGCUCAGAAGUCAAAGACCGCCAUCUAGUGACAAAAAGACUGAGGGAACAUGUGGCAGAUAAGAGCAAACUUCCAAUCUUAAUUUUUCCAGAAGGCACCUGCAUAAAUAAUACCUCUGUGAUGAUGUUCAAGAAGGGGAGCUUUGAAAUAGGAGGGACAAUCUAUCCCGUUGCGAUCAAGUAUGAUCCUCAGUUUGGAGAUGCAUUCUGGAACAGCAGCAAAUAUAAUAUUGUGAGCUAUCUGCUGCGAAUAAUGACCAGCUGGGCCAUUGUGUGCAAUGUGUGGUACAUGCCACCAAUGGUUAGAAAGGAAGGAGAAGAUGCCGUUCAGUUUGCCAACAGAGUGAGGUCUGCCAUUGCUCGCCAAGGAGGACUGACUGAACUUCCCUGGGAUGGAGGCCUGAAACGAGCUAAAGUCAAAAAUACUUUCAAGGAAGAACAGCAGAAAAACUACAGCAAGAUGCUAGUAAGAAAUGGAUCAAUAGGAAAUCUGUCUACAGGAACAGAGUCAGACUGAAUGGUGGUUCUUUCACACAAAUUUUGCACAGCCAGCUUUAGCAGGAAUAAUUGUUUUUAAUUACAAGAAAAAAAAACAAGCAAAAUCCCUCUUGUAAUGUGUGUGCAUAUUCUCUGUGUGGCUGGUGCAGAGCCUGCCAAGGGUAGUGUCUCUGUAUCUCUCUCUCCCUCCUUCCCCCUUUUUUUCUCCCUCUGCUGUCCCUCCCCAUCUUCACUGUAAGCAUGAUGAUGCACUGCUGUAUGGCGGCUCCUGAUAUCAAGGAAUGGAGCAUGUGGAGGAUUAAGGGACAAAAGCAAAAAAGCACCCCACCACUUUCUCUGAAUUUGUAAGGAUGAAGGGAAGUACACUGAACAGAUGCUGUCAGAACACUGGUUGUGCAGAUACCUCUUGUUCAUGGUAAUUGGAAACUUCAAAUGUAACAAUUUUGUUUUCUCCCUGUUGCUCACAGAAUUCUUGUUGUAGAGUUCUUAUAUGACAUGUUCUAGGAUGGUGUCAAAAUUAAGGCUGACUCUGGUUACCUUGACCUGGGUGCGUGUGCGGGAGGGGAGCAAGAACUGAUAGAUCCCAAAGGAUAGAGAAGGGGCUGCCCUGCCAAAAGCACAGUUCAAGGACCGUGAUAAAUUUGGCAGCCUCAUAACAUGGAAUUGCCUUUAUUGAGAACUGUUGUCUGAAGGGAGAUGUAAAGAGCGAAUCCUCAGUCUGCCUGUCUACUGCUACUGUUUGAAUUGCUUUCUUCAGACCAGGAGAGCUAUCUUAAAGGUAGGAUGCGGUAGGCAGCUGAAUAAGUUAGGCUGUGGCAGAUGUAUUCUAGGAAGUGGAUUUGCAAGACUAAUUUUCAGCAAAAAAAAGAUUACUGCUAAUGGCUUUAAAGGUCUUAGGAGUACAACUCCAGAAACACAUUUUGUGUUGAUCUGGGCCAGCAAUAGCUAUCACGAUUCUAAGCAGGAUCCAUAAGUCAUCUAUGAUACAAGAAGUGGCAUGUUCAAAACUACAAUGUAUUGCUGUCUUAAUGUAAAGAGAAAUAAAUUCUAUAUUUCUAA